GUGGCAGUACAACGCUCUUAAUGGAAACCAAUUUUUUUUUCCAGAUCACGCAAAACAGUUUUGCGUUAUCUCGCAAAAAUUCGUCUUUUUUUAACCCAUCAAUUUUUGUGGGUUCCGUAGUGUUGUGUGUGUUUCCGACUGCGUGUAGGGAAAUUAUUUUUUAAUAUGUCAACGGAAGUGCUCACCGUUACGCCAUAGUAAAAAAUUGUUAUUCAAGCACGUCUAAAUCAUGUCGCCGGUGGUGGUGGCGGCUGGUGGAAGAUUCUUCUGUCAGUGUCGCAGCAUGACAACAAAAAUCAUGGCCAGAGGUGCCACCUUGGACAGCGCACUUCGUAAAUUCCGAUCAAUAUGCGGAGAGGAUGGUGUGUCAGUGGGAGCUGCGGUCAGAGAGCAACACGGCAAAGAUGAAUCCGUGCACAGAUGCCGUCCGCCGGAUGUGGUGGUUUUUCCACGCUGCGUGGAGGAAGUCAGCGCCCUGGCCAAAGUCUGCCAUAGCCAACGCCUUCCCAUCAUCCCGUUUGGUACCGGAACCGGCCUGGAGGGAGGGGUCGGAGCAGUGAAGGGAGGUGUCUGCUUCAGUCUGAGGAAUAUGGAUCAGAUUCUGGAUCUGCACCAGGAGGAUUUUGAUGUGACAGUGGAGCCCGGUGUGACCCGGAAGACUCUCAAUGCCUACCUGCGGGACACAGGACUCUGGUUUCCUGUUGAUCCUGGAGCUGAUGCGUCGCUGUGUGGGAUGGCAGCCUGCAGUGCAUCCGGCACCAAUGCUGUGCGUUAUGGAACCAUGAGAGAAAAUGUGAUCAACCUGGAGGUGAUACUUGCUGACGGGACUAUCAUACACACGGCUGGCCAAGCCCGACGUGCCAGGAAGACGUCAGCGGGGUACAACUUGACAAACCUGUUUGUCGGAUCGGAGGGCACUCUGGGAAUCAUCACAAAGGCAACCCUGCGCCUCUACGCCGUCCCAGAGGCUACGCUAUCUGCUGUCUGCUCCUUUCCCACCGUGCAGGCAGCUGUGGACAGCACUGUGCACAUUCUACAAGCUGGGGUAGACGUCGCUCGCAUCGAGUUUCUAGAUGAUGUGAUGAUGGAUGCGUGCAACAGGUUCAGCUCUCUGUCCUACCCCGUCACCCCGACUCUCUUCCUGGAGUUCCACGGCUCUGAACGGAGUCUGCUGGAACAAGUCAAGACUGCUGAGGAACUGACCCGAAUGAACGGAGGCUCCGACUUUCAGUGGGCGAGCGAUGCGGAAAAACGGAAUCGGCUGUGGAAAGCUCGCCACGACGCCUGGUACGCUGCCCAGGCCCUGAGGCCUGGCUGCAAGGCCUACUCUACAGACGUGUGUGUUCCCAUUUCCCAACUGCCUCAACUCAUAGUGGAGACAAAGGCGGACCUGAUUGAGAACAAACUUACAGGUCCCAUAGCUGGCCACGUGGGUGACGGGAACUUCCAUUGUCUGAUGGUGCUUGAUGCCACCCAUCCAGAAGAAGUACACCAGGUCCAUUUGUUCUGUCAGAGACUGGCAAGACGUGCCCUGGCUAUGAAUGGCACCUGCACAGGUGAGCACGGGGUGGGCUUAGGCAAGCGAGCGCUGCUGUGCGAAGAGAUGGGGGCCGCGAGCAUCCAAGCCAUGCAGCACAUUAAGGACGCCCUGGACCCAAAGAACAUCAUGAAUCCAGGAAAGGUUCUCCUGCCAAGAGAGUCGUGAAGGGUCAAGUAUGCAUCCAUUUUACACUUGAAAUGUCUUCCCGGCGCGUGUGGGGAGUAUUUACACAUUAAACCUGGCUUGUGUGGCCAGUGAACCAUGGCGACCUGCCAUAAAUUUCUUGUGAUUUCAUGAGAAUACCGUAAUGUUGUAAAAUGGUGAGGAAAAAUAACCUCAUUUUAGCAGCAUAAAGUUGAAAUAUGAAAGAAAGCGGAUGUUUUUAAGUCCUGUUUAUGGUCGGCCUGUUGUUGUUCUGCCAUGAUGUCAUUUCAUGAUGUCACUGCCAUGUUGCUUCUUUGCCUGCCGUGUGUUCAGUUAUGAGGAUUAGCUGCUCCAGCCUUCGCUGACGGAUAUUUGCUCUAAUGUCCUAAUAGUCCUGGUGGCCUAUUAGGCCUUGGAAGACUCUACGAAGGCUCUGUGGGAGCCGAACAGGAGGAAAUACACGGAUUUAGCACUUCUGGAGAGAGGAAGGAUUCACAGACCUACAUGGGAGUACACUAAAGUACCACAAAGUCUCAGUCAUGCAGAGGUGACUGGACUUUAAAAUGAACGCUACCUAGCGUGGUAGCCCAUCCUUAACACACGGCUUCCACUGUCCUCCUCCACACGCGCGCCUGCUGGCUUGAUGUUAAUGUGCAAUUAAAGUGACUGCGGAGUAAUUGACACCUCCCCUUGUGUGGACUUGUUGACUGACAGCACAUGCUAUACAACUUAGCCAUUUACUUUUGCCUGAAGUGUCCUGAGUGUCCGGACAUGCCUAACUACUCUACUACUCUACCUUUUGCUAAGUUGUUAGUGUCUUAACAGGGGUGCAAUGUGUAAUGCAUCCUGUAUGUGUAGAAUAUGAUGUGGCAAAUACAACCUCUCACGGUCUAGUCCACAUGGGCUUUGUCCAUUUAUGGACAUUUAUGGCUUUUUACCCAGCCUCGCCUGUAUUUCCAUCUCUGGAUGGUCAGGAUGUUUUUUUGUUUUUUCCUUUUGUGCCUCUGCUUUCUGGACCUGGAUGAACUGAAACUUGGAUACUUCCAUUAAGGCCUGCACAUACCGUUUUAACCAAUUACUUUUGCACUUCGAAAUUUGGCUGUCUUUGUUUGAAUAAGUUGCCCUAAAAUUCAACAUCUUCUGGCAGCGUUGAACCUUUACUUCAUGCAUGAAAUUAUUGUUAACUUUAUGGAUUAUUUUACCAGUUUGAAGAUGUACUAAAUGAGCAAAUUAAAAUAUUUGUGAUUUUAAAAAUAAGGGAUUUGUAUGUUCUCUGCACGGCGUUAUGAAUUAUCCUCACUGAUCUUUUUUGCAGUACAUUUAGCGAGUGUAGAUUGCUUUUGUAGUAAUUACCCCAUAUCUCCACACGAUAAGUCAGAUAUGGUAAUACCACAGAACAGGAAAGAGUGUGGAGGGAUUUUUGAUCAAGAACAGAUUUUGCUUUAUUCAAUACAAAAUGUAAGUAUUUCUCGCCACCUUUUGUUGUAUAUUUUUGAUGUGAGAUUUCCAACUCAUUUUUUCAUCUAUUAUGAUCCCCAGAAAUGUAUUUUCGUUCACUCUUUCAAUGUCCACUCCGUCUAUUUGUAUUUGGUCGUACGUGUCCUUUCUGCUAUUACCAAAUAGCAUUAUUUCUGUUUUACUUAAGUUCAAGGAUAAUCUGUUUUUAUCAAACCAUCUUGAUAAUGAGGCCAUUUCAUCUGUAACUUUUUGAAUUAGUUGUUGUGUGCUUUUCCCAGAACAAAAGGCAGUGGUAUCAUCCGCAAAUAAUACCAACUGUAAGUCCUUUGUGACUUUACAGAUGUCAUUGACAUACAAAUUUAACAGUUUUGGUCCCAAUAUUGACCCCUGGGGUACUCCACACAUGAUAUUUAAACUUGCAGAUGUGUAUUCUCCUAGCUUUACAAAUUGCUUCCUGUUCACUAGGUAGCUUUUAACCCAAUUCAAAACUAAUCCUUGAUUCCAUACCUUUAUAAUUUUGUCGUUAAAAUGUUAGGAUUAAUUGUAUCGAAGGAUUAAAAAAAAGAUAAAAAUAAAUCUAAAGAAUAACACAAAUUAUCCAUCCUUCCAUUUUCUAUGCUAUGAGAGGCGGGGUACACC